GGCGUGGAAAGUUACCGGGGGCCGUGGGGAGGGAGCGCCUGCUUUCAUCCGCCUCCCGGAUUUCUCCAUUUACCUCCACGGGACGAUAAUCCCUAAAUCCCAACGAGAUUAAAGGCACCAAGAAAGGUGGCACAGCCCCUCCCCACCUCAGUGUUUCCCUGGUUAUGAAACCCUACGUCUGCUCGGCCCCGAUUCACCCGGGCAUUUCCCAUAUCCCUCCCGCAGCCCCACGGGGAGGGAGCGGGGGCAGCAGGAGCUGCUCUUCUAACCCCGUUCUUUCUGUCCUUCUGUUUCUUUCCCUCCCUGCAGCAGAAGGUCCGGAAGGCCUCCCAUGGCCAUGGCACUGGUGAAGAGCGGAUGGCUCUGGAGGCAGAGUUCCAUCCUGCGCCGCUGGAAGAGGAAUUGGUUCGUGCUCUACCUGGAUGGCAGCUUGGUGUACUACCACGAUGAGACGCAGCGCGACAUGGACGGGCGCAUCCACAUCAAGUACAGCUGCCGCGACGUGCGGACCGGCCGCGAGUGCCGCGACGUGCAGCCACCCGAGGGGAAGAGCCGUGAGUGCCUGCUGACCAUUGUGCUGCGGGACGGCUCCAAGACGACGCUGUGCGCUGAGAGCGAGGACGACGCCAUUGCAUGGAAGAUGGCGGUGCUGGAGGCGAAAUCCACCCCGGUGCACGUCUAUGACCCCUACGAUGAUGACUACUACCAGACGGUGCCCAUCGACUCCCACCAGACCGCCUACAUCAGCUCUGGCCACUACGGCCACCAGUACGGAGCCCCCGGGGUGACCCACGUCAUCGUGCGCGAGGAUCCCUACCGCGUCUCCGGGGACCAGAUGGCCUUGGGGCUGCUGGCGGGGGCCGCCACUGGUGCAGCCCUGGGCUCCUUCAUGUGGAUGCCAUGCUGGUUUUAGUGGACCCUUUGGCUCCCCAGCCCGAGGUAACAUGCCCCCGGCUUGGCACCCCCCAAAAAUCAUCCUUCUGGGACAAAGGGAAGCAACCCCAUCCCACCCACCCACAGCUUUUGCAUCAGAUAACCCACACAAACCCAAAAACCUAAGCCAAGACCCUUCGCUGCCCCAGGGAAGCUGCUGGGGAUGGGAGGAUGUGGCCCCGCAGCCCGGCACCAUCCACCACCCCGAAGCUCCAGCUGCAGAAAUACCUGGAGGUUUUUUUGGGAUGAGUUUGGAGGGCUGCUGCUCCCAGCAGCCUUUUUGGGGAGGCAGCCAGGUUCUCCUUACAAAACUGCUUUUUUGAAGGGUCUUUUAGGGGGAGGCUCCAGCACCACACCUCAAAACUGCAGCCCUGAGGAAGGGAGAAAGCAAUCCGCAAAUGCCCAUGGGUUCCAGGGUAGGAAAUGGGCACGGGGCUGGUGUGAGGAGCAAGGGAAUGGAGGAGGAUCUGAGUGCAAGGUGGGGAUGAGAACCCUUAUCCCAUACCCAGAGACCCCCAUGCACACGAGCAGCUCCAUGCCUUUGUCUGAGCAGCUCCAUGCCUUUUCAGGCUCGCUCCAGUCCGUGGGGCUGAGCAAGCUCAGGAACUGGGGACAAACCCUUGGGAACUGGGGUCAACAACCCAGGAAUUGGGAUGGGAAUCCAAGAACUGGGAUGGAAACACCAGGAAUUGGAGUGGGAAUGCAGGAAUUGAACUGAGAGCACAGAAAUUGAGAUGGGAACCCCACACAGGAAGUGAGGUGGGAACCCAUAAAUUGGGAACUCCAGGAAAUGGGAUGGGAACACCAGAAGUGAGACAGCAAUGCCAGGAAGUGAAGUGGGAAUCCAGGAACCAGGAUGGGAAUGCAAGAAUUGAAUUGAGUACACAGAAAUUAAGAUGGACCCCCAGGAAGUGAGAUGGAAACGUGGGAAUUGGGAUGGGAAUCCAGGAAUUGGGAUGGGAAUCCAGGAAUUGGGAUGGGAAUCCAGGAACUGGGAUGGGAACACAGAAAUUGAGAUGGGAACCUAGGAAUUGGGAUUGGAAACUGGGAAUUCAAAUAGGAACCCUGGAAUUGCAAUGGGAACCCAAGAAUUGGGACGAGAAGAGCCUUGGUCACAAUGGGGCUUCCCCAGUCAGCACCAAGCAGCAGCAGCUCCAGGAGGGACACACAGCACUGAGGCUUUGGGGAAUGGGAAGAGCUCCUUGGGCACCGAGCCCCUUCCUGGCCACCGCUGGGCUUUGAUUUGGGGUCGACACAUGGGGACGGUCACUUAGGGUGGCCCCAACCCAGGGCAAUGCACCACGGGGCCACAUUCACACACUGGGCAGCACCAGGAACAUCACUGCAAGGACUCUGAUAUAAAAUAAGCAGCUCAAGAAUUCAAAAAAUAAAAAGACUGAAAACCACAAGUAGGAAACCAACAGCAGCACCAGCAACCGGCCCAUCCUUUGGGCAAAGCUUCGUCUCCUCGGGGCUUGGGAUGUCCCCACGUGUCACCCUCAUCCUUCCCCCGGCCUUCCUCACAUUGCCACUGCUGCAAACCCAAUCCUGCAACCACUGUUUUUUUUGGAGAAGAUUAAAAUAAAAAGGCUAAUAAAGGUGGCCCCAAUGAGA